CUCUCUCUCUUCUUCUCUGCCUCCUCCUUUGACACAAAACCUCCACGCAUCGCAUCGAAAUCACGUCCGCCGUUGCCCGCAGAUACGCGAUUCCGCUCCCAAGCUGCGAGUCGCUCUCCCAUCCGCCGCCCGGAUACCAUUUACCGCCUCCAUCGUCAGCCUCGGCCGGUCGAGCUGGAAUUUCGUCACUUCCCUUUUUUGGGGGGGCCAAUUUUUUCUUCUUCUCUUUCUAGGAGGGUGUUUUGAUUUACGGCCUCGAUAGAGCCACGUCGGAAUCUCGAUCCCCCGGCUAAAACGCCUGCUGGUCUCCGGAUCCAGGCGACAGCGGAUACGUUCAAGCAGUCUUCGCGCAAGUUUUUCGCAGCACCGAGUCCUCUUCGCACGAGCUUGCGUCUCGAUCCAUCGAGCCAACCCGCCCAAGCCAUGUCCAUGUAUUCCCAUCGCGGCAUGGGCGCUGUGCCCCCCGGCAAUGCUCGCCUCAACGAGCUGCUGGAGCAGAUCAGGGCCGAGUUCGACAGCCAGCAGCGCCAGACUGAGAACUUUGAGCAUCAGAUCUCAGCGCAGGUCAGCGAAAUGCAGCUGGUGCGAGAAAAGGUUUACGCCAUGGAGCAAACCCAUAUGACGCUCAAGCAAAAAUACGAGGAGGAGAUCAACAUGUUGCGGCAUCAGCUCGAGGUCGCUCGCAAGGGAGCUCCGCAGGCAGGCCUCCAGGGCCCUCCUCAGCACGCCGGACCCUCCCAGCAGCCUCCCUCGAUUGCGCCUGGAGGUGGCCUCUUCAGCGGCAUCAUGGCCGGCGGCAACCAGGGUGGCCUUGCGCCGCCUCAGCCCCAGGCUCCUCCCCAGGAGCAGCAGAUGGGCCCUCACCACCACCAGAUGGCCCAGGGGCCUCCCGGACUGCCCGUCCCUCCCCCGCACCCCAACGCGCCGCAGCAGCAACAACAGCCGCCGCCGCAGCAGCAGCCUCCGUACCAGCAGCAGGCCUAUCAGGGCCCCAACGGCAUGGGCCCUCAGGCGCCGCCAAGCACGGCCUCGCCUGGCCCGGGCCGACGAGGCAUUGGCCGUCCGCCGAAUGCUGUCGGGCCUGCGACGCCCCAGAUCAACACCCCCGUGCCGUAUCCCGGCAAUGCCCAGUCGCCGCAAGUGAGCCACCCGACUCCCGACCACGCUCGCAUGGGGGGCCCCCGAGCGCCCCCGCCUCCCAUCAGCAACGCCCUCGGCGAUCUCGAGGUCGACGCCGUCGCGCCUCACAACAAGAAGACGGGCAAUGACUGGUACGCCAUCUUCAACCCGCAGGUCCAGCGCGUCCUGGACGUCGACCUGGUCCAUUCCCUGACCCACGAGAGCGUCGUCUGCUGUGUCCGCUUUAGCCACGACGGCAAGUAUGUCGCCACGGGCUGUAACAAGUCGGCCCAGAUCUUUGACGUCCAGACGGGCGAAAAGGUGUGCGUCUUGGAGGACCAUAAUGCCACCGACAUGGCUGCCGACCUCUACAUCCGCAGCGUCUGCUUCAGCCCCGACGGCCGAUACCUGGCUACCGGUGCCGAGGACAAGUUGAUCCGGGUGUGGGAUAUUGCCACUCGAACUAUCCGCAACCACUUCUCGGGCCACGAGCAAGACAUUUACUCGCUCGACUUUGCGCGCGACGGCCGCACCAUCGCUUCGGGCAGUGGUGACAGGACUGUCCGUCUGUGGGACAUUGAGCAGGGCACCAACACCCUGACGCUGACGAUUGAGGAUGGCGUCACCACCGUUGCCAUUUCUCCCGACACGCAGUUUGUUGCCGCCGGCUCGUUGGAUAAGAGCGUUCGUGUCUGGGACAUCAUGACGGGCUUCUUGGUCGAGCGUCUCGAGGGCCCCGAUGGGCACAAGGACAGCGUCUACUCGGUGGCGUUCUCGCCCAACGGCAAGGACCUCGUCAGCGGCAGUCUGGAUCGCACGAUCAAGAUGUGGGAGCUCAGCUCGCCUCGCGGCCCUCCCAGCUCCGGUACCAAGGGCGGCAAGUGCGUCAAGACGUUUGAGGGCCACCGGGACUUUGUCCUGUCCGUUGCGCUGACCCCUGACGCCAACUGGGUCUUGUCCGGCUCCAAGGAUCGCGGUGUUCAGUUCUGGGACCCGCGCACGGGAACUACACAGCUCAUGCUUCAGGGACAUAAGAACUCCGUCAUUUCAGUGGCUCCCAGUCCCCAGGGCGGCUACUUUGCGACUGGUUCCGGAGACAUGAAGGCUCGCAUCUGGUCUUACCGCCCUUAUUAGGCAACGGGAAGACGGUGAGGGGCACACAGGGCAGUGGGUGGGGUGGCCAAGGAGUAGCAACGAGUCGAUAUUCAGAGAUUUGGGGGAAAGACGGAAGGGGCUUGGAGAGGCUUAGGAAUAGGACGAACUGUCGCCGAAAGUGCUCUUUAUACUUUGGAAUACGUGUUACGAGGCAAUAUUACGCGGGGUGGUGGUUAUUAUUUUAACGUACGGAGGCUGGCGCACAGGCGGGAAAGCACAGCCCCUUGUUUUUUUUU